AUGCCUGUCUUAUGCUCUGCAAAAUGUGGUCAGAAUGCAGUGCUUAAGCGCCCAAAAACUGGAGAUACAUUAUGCAAAGAAUGUUUUUAUUGGGCUUUUGAACUUGAAAUUCAUAGCACCAUCACAAAUGGUAAACUAUUCAAAAAAGGUGAUGUUGUUGCAAUUGCAGCUUCAGGUGGAAAAGACUCAACUGUACUAGCACAAGUUCUCAAGACAUUAAAUGAACGCUAUAAUUAUGAACUGAAAUUAGUAUUAUUGUCCAUAGAUGAAGGAAUUACUGGUUAUAGGGAUGAUAGUUUGAAAACAGUACUAGAAAAUAAAGAUGAAUAUCAAAUGCCUUUAAAGAUCUUAUCAUACCAACAGUUAUAUGGUUGGUCAAUGGACAAAAUAGUUGCUGAAGUUGGUCGUAAGAAUAAUUGUACAUUUUGUGGUGUAUUCAGAAGACAAGCUUUAGAUAGAGGUGCAAUGUUAUUAAAUGUUGACUGUAUUGCUACUGGUCACAAUGCUGAUGAUAUUGCAGAGACUGUGUUGAUGAACAUUCUACGAGGGGAUGUUGCAAGAUUGCAAAGAUGUGUAAAUAUCAUUACUAUUACAGAAGGCACUAUCCCUCGGUGUAAACCUUUAAAAUACACUUAUGAAAAAGAAAUAGUGAUGUAUGCAUAUUUCAAGAAAUUGAAUUACUUUUCAACUGAAUGCGUAUUCGCGCCAAAUGCAUACCGAGGAUAUGCAAGAACAUUUUUAAAAGAUUUAGAAAGAUUAAAACCAUCAUCUAUUAUGGAUAUAAUACAUUCUGGCGAGACAAUGUGUAUUAAAGAGAAUGUAAAAUUGCCAGAUAUCGGUGUUUGUACUAAAUGUGGAUUUGUGUCAAGUCAAGAUAUUUGUAAAGCUUGUAUGUUGUUAGAAGGAUUAAAUCGAGGAUUACCUAAACUCGGAAUCGGUAAAAGCAGCAAAGCUCAUAAAGCAUUGGCAGCUUUGCCAAACCCAAGGCUACUACAUUUUUAA